CCAGUAGCCUGCUGGCAAAUUUUGCAUAUUGCUACGGCGGCCUUGGCCAGGUUGUUGAGUAUUUCAUCGAUAGCCGUGCCUUGCGUCUGGGAUAUGACGAAGGCCUGUCGUCCCGAUAGAUUCAGGUUUGGAACUCUCUCGUCCCUGGAAGUUAUUGAGGUUUUCAGAAGCAAACCAUGCUACCCCUUUGGCACUACCUGGUGGCUUACGCCCUGUUACAUCUGCAAUGUGCUGUGGCACUUCCCCAGGAAACUUCAAGGCCCGAAGUUUCGAGUGUAAUCCCGGCUAUAUCUACACCCGAAAUGUCUAUGGUAGAGGAUGGCAGAAAGUGUGACUUCAACAAGAUCGAGGACUUCUUCAAUUAUGCCAACAAGAAAGGUUUAAACAUCACUGCAGAGGUUCAGAACUGCCAAAAUCUGUGCCUGCUCACAUACGGGGUAGGAAACCCUGAUCUAUCGGGGAUCGGCAUGAUGUAUGCAUAUAGCAUACAGACCGCGCUUACCAUCCUCGUUGGUCCCGUGUAUCGUCUGCUGUAUCUUGCCCUGUCGCCAGCCAGCAGCUUUAUCAGAGAGUUGAAAGUCAUUCAAACUAAUUUUUUCUCCUCGAACGGUUUUUUCAUCGCCUCGUCCGCCCUUGCCUCCCUUGCACACUUGUCGCAGAACCCAUCUACCUUUGAGGUUGCAGAGAUGCAGGCAAUGGCAUUCCUGCAAAUCAACAGCAUCCUUGUGACUUUCUUCUGCCUGGUUGUUGUCCAGCCAAUGUCACGCUGGGCAGCGCGUGUGCUGCUUUACGUUGUAGUUUUUGUUCUUGUGAUUGUUGUCCUAGGCAAGAGCCACCUGAACAGCAACAGCAGAGCGAAUUGGAGACUCGCCUCUGAUGGGUGCGCCCACAGCUCAACAGAUUAUAGUGUCAUCAAUCCGGUACCGUAUCCAUCAUGGACUGCCGCUAUCUUUGCCGUCGCGGGAGCGAUCGCGUUCUGGCUUCAGUCUCUGAAGGAUAGAUUCCAGGCAGACAAGUUACAUAAGACACUGUUUAGAGUAUUGAUGCUGUUUUGGGUCUUGCUAAUAGGGCUGUUGACUGCAGGCAUGGUAGUUGGUCUUACUAUGAUGUGGCGGCAAAGAAGGCAUCUGCGAACCUUGGCUAGGGACAAGUUUGAGGAUGAUGCUUGGGGGUUCGGACAAGUUGCUGCCUUGACUGUCUGGGCCCCAAUAUCAGUUGAACUGCUGUAUAUCCUAAAUGACUUGGCCCAAAGGAAGUCUCCAAGAUGGAAUCAGUGGAAUCAGGCCAUUAGUGCCUUCUUCUCUCACAAAGCUGUGAAACAAGACCAAAUUUCGCCCAGUUGCAACUCGCAACCCGAAGGGAAGGAUCAGGGCGACAAUGCAAGAGUAGUCGAGGUUGCUGGUAACUAAGCAAACGCUACGUCUUAAAACAGUGUGGAAAUAAUUGCUUAAGUUGCAGUCAAUCACGUCAACACUUAUGUAUAGUUGAUGGUUUGGGCCGCGCUGGGCCGCGCUGGUCCACUGCUUCUGGUCCUGUUGUGCUGAGAAUGCUUGUUUGCUUCAGAAGUCAGUGACUCAGACUCUUUGCUGACGGAGCAGGUCUAUUGCUUAGAUGUUUCAUGUCAGGAUAUGAUCAAAUUCGGAUGUAUGCUACGCGAUAGCGCAGGAGC